AGUGCUUAAGGGUGAUAUCAUUUUGUUUUCACCACUCCGCCCACACCGAAUAUAUAAAUAGUCGUAACUUUCAGCCGUUUCAGGUCGUAUUGGAACUAAAAUUCUUAUAUUUAAGGCAUUUAAGAUGAUCACUUCUAAAAUACUAUCCGGAAAUUUAGGAGACCGGCAUCGUAACUUCAACAAUCUAGUCCAUGAGGCUUAUCUCCAAAAUACGCCUAUUCCUGUCCAAGAACUUUGUCAAGAAUCUGCUUUGGAACGAAUCUUUAAAAUAGACCUUGCGUCAAAGCAGAAGAACGUAGACUAUGUGACUCACAACCUUAAAGACGAUGAUAUGCUGUAUGUGAGCAGAGCCUUAAAAAGCUUAUGGCUUUUAAACCCAGAGCAUUCGAACAUAAUCAACCCUAGUUUCCUUGAAUAUGAACUCUUCCCCCAAAUGACGCUACCAGCUGUGAACAAGAUGAGACACUGGAUACAGAUACAUUUAAAAGAUACAGAAAGAUGUAAGGAGUUUUAUCAGUUCUACAAGGACAGGAACUUUGAUGUAGCUGCCAAAUUUCUCUGGCAAUGUUCCAAACAAUAUAUCCUAUCUGAAUUCAGUGAUAUAAUAGACAAAAUAACGCCAAUGCUUUUGAAACGUCUAAGCGAAAAGGCUCCUCAGAUCACUAAAAUGUAUUAUGAUAGUUUAAGGCACAAUGAAAAGAUAUUAAAAUAUUAUCUUGAAAAUGAUUCUAAGUUUUUCGCUAAUGUAAAAUAUAUUUUAAAAGCAGAUGCUGAUGUAUUUUUUUACAUAUUAGAAAACUUCUUCGUUCAUCAGAAAUUCAGUGCACUUAACGCGGUUAUUUCAAAGCAUAUAAUGAAAUACCAUAAAAACAGGUUUCAGGCUAAGCCAGAGUUGUACACUGUAUGGUUUCUUGACAUAAAAAUAGUAGCAAAAUAUUUAGAUCCAGAAGAAAUUAAGGAUCUUGUGUUGAAACUAGCAAGAGCUGAGUAUCUAAAUUCUUGGUUUGAGUACCAAAAAGUGGAGCCCCUAAUAAAAACCUUAAGUACGGACGAAAGAACAACCUUCAAGAAAUUAGUAUUUGUUGACAAAGCAUUUGGAGCUACUGUAAGGGAAUGGCCUUAUCCAAUACCAACUCCACCUGCUCCAGCUGCGUUAAAAACAACUCGGCUAUUCGAUGAUGCACAUCUAACCUACUUUGGCUUAUAUUACGAUGAAGAAAAUUUUUCUGCAAUGUCUUUUCGAGCAAUGCUGAAAAAACGGAAAUAUACUAAAUGGCAAUGCCAGAAAACGCUCCUAGAUCAGCUGUUUGACAAAUAUCGUUUCAACAAUUAUAAACAAACCUACAAUGAACUCAAGAAACAAUUGAGAGCCGAGAGCUCUCCGCAGAAUCGUCAGUUUAUGCUACUUGUUCUCGUGAGUAAGACUGGUGGAAAAACUGAAGACCUCGUGUCUUUGUUAGAUCUUUUAGCUCAGUAUAAGAAUGAGCCAGUCCAUAUUCGAGCUGGUAUAGUCAGAAGCCUAGUAAAACGGGCGUUUGUAUGGCGUUUGCCGAGCGAGCAUUGGACGUGGCUCUUAGAAUGGGGACACGGAUUAGGAUUGGAUGGAAGCGCGCAUGAAGCGGAAUGCCGAGAAGGGUUACAUGCAGUUGUGAUAAGAGACUUGCUCGCUAAUGUGAAGCCAAGUCAGGCAGUUUGGAAAAAGUUUUUAACCGACUUCGACUCCCUAAAAGAGUACUCUUUUACUGUCAAUGAGCGUAGUCUUGUUAGCGCUCGUCUGCCAGCUUUGCUUUUAGAAGACGCUCAGACAGACCCAAACAAACCUAAGUUGAAACAACUGCAGCACUUGCUGAAUACUCUUACAGCUUAUCGUAUCCGGUAUGAUUGCUUUCCUGGUACGGUGGAUACUAUAGCGUCAGCUGUGAAGUGUUAUUGGAAUGCUGAUGAUGAGUUGCGAACAACUACAAACUGUUUACUCAGACAGCUAUAUGACGCUAAAGUGGCGAGAAAACAACUGAUUAAAGAGUUUUUUGCAAUAUAUCAGACAGAUAGGUCUUAUGUUAAUGCACUGCGACAUGAUAUAUCUCUUCUGGAAGAUAUCGAAAACUUGAAAAAACUUAUCGAUGCUAGAAGUUUACAACACUACAGAUUUUUUCAGAAACUGGCACUUUACUUUAUGGAAAAAGGUGGUUUGGGAGAACGGUACCGCGAUUUGCUAGAAUAUCGAGCAAUUCUUAAGCCUGAAGAAACAGAAGCUAAGGAAAAAGCUUGUUUUUCAGAAGAACGUCAACUGGUAGCUAAGUCUCUGGCACUACUUUCAGGAAUAAACUUUCCAUCCCUUCUAAAAACUUUUGAUGCUGCACCGCCUAAAACAUCUAAGCGUCAACUGGCUGCCGCAUUGAGAGCUAACGCACACCUUGUUAGACCAGCUUUUGACUUAAAAUCCUUCGGAUGGCGUAAUGCAGGAGCAAAGGCUGUAGUUAAUUGCGUAGCUAUAUGUAGACAAAACGAGGUAGAAGACUAUCUUACAGAAGCUUUGUCCUGGGCACGCACGUUACGGCUAGCACUGGUUUUAGCGAGACGCUUGAAUAAAGAAUCGGCUGUAUUCAAAGUAUAUUCUUCUGUAAGGCCUAACAAAGCACUUCAAGCGGUGUUGCAAUACUUUCGUUAUAAAGGAGACAAAUCGGAUCUAUCUGUUUGGGAGAUGGUGAAGUCUCGUAUUUCAGAAUCUAAUGCUAGGCAGUUGCAUUCAUACUUAGAACUUGCCAAAUUGGUACCUGAAGCUAUUAAAGCUGAAUACUGCUUUCUUGUCUUUUUAGCAACUAAAAAGCCUGUGCCUAAUGAUCGCUUUGUCAAGAGUGAAACGACGAAGAAAAAGAAGAGACCUGAUGAUUACGAAAUACAGUGGAACGCUUUUUUGAAAGUCCCAGAUGUUUUAGCAGAGUUGGACGAGAGAUAUAUUUUCGACGUGAAUGAUGCUUUACUAAAUGAUUAUUUCCCAUUAGAGGCAAACGAUUCUUAUCAAGGCGAAUGCACUUUUGUGUAUAUACAGAUAAUUGCUAAAUUUCUUAUUCUUAGUUCUACUGAAGAUAUGUCACAGGAAAGAUUUCGGAAGGUCGGAUUUCCAUUACUCAAUCAACUUGAAUUGUCAUGAAAAAAAAAUUGUCAUAUGGAGGGAGGUCUAGAAAAAGAAUACCUUGAUUAUUUUCUGUUUUACUUAAAAUACAAUACAGCCUUCUUAAAUCCUAAAUACGUAUCGUGUCUGCCCCUCUUAGAGAAAAUUUCUGAAUGGAUGCACAGUUUUCUUCCUUUGGAGAAAUGGUUCGGCAAAUACGUUUCAUUACAUUUAACUAUGAUCUACUUUAAAACCGUCAGAAUCUGCAUUAAUGAAAGCCCAGAGUUGUUCGAAGGAGCUAGAAAAUUAAAAGGCGCUGCUAUGUUAGGAACUAUUUUUGGCAAAUUUAUAGCAAACGAGAUAGAAGAUUUGUGUACAAAAUAUUUUCCAACAAUAACAGAACUGUAUGCUUGGCACCUUGUGGAUUAUUUUAACUUGCAUUUUUGUCGUGUUUUUGAUGAAAGUGUAAACUAUUUCAUGGUAGCUGUCCUCAAUGGGUUGAUGGCGAAAAAGUCGCAAGCUUCAUGCAUUCUUGCAAAUAAUAUUUUCCAGAAAUUUCGAGAUUGGUUAGUCAGUGAUUAUUUGGACGAAAUUUUCAAAGCAAGCGAUGUUAAAGAAUUGCGUUUUGCUCGUGAUAUUGAAUGAUAUACUAUUUGUACAUCGUAUGGGGGGUGGAAGUUUGGAUGGAGCAUUCUGCAAUCGACUAUGAUUAUGACUUUAACGCGAUCGAUAAUAAACGAUAUUAUGAUUAUGACUUUAACGCGAUCGAAUCCGCGGGAAAAAUCUACUCUGUAAAUAUUGUAGAAAACUUAUUACAUGUGGGUAUGUAAACAAAUAAAAUACCUAAUCUAUGCAACUGUACAUACUAAAGGCAUUAAACAUUCGUGUUACCUUUUUAUGAAACUUGCGUUUCGGCUCGUGUAAUAUCACCACUCGUGUUUUAAUGUCUCUCAUUAUGCACCAGUCAUAUAAAUAACUAUUACUCAAUGCAGUUUUAUUUAUAGUGGUUCGAGUAUUUUCUAAAUCAGUUUCCGACGUGCUGUGUCAUUGUACUAUGUAUUGUUUAUGUUUAAAUUUACCUACCUAUUUGAAUUACCAUUCGAUUAGCUCGAAAUAAAUUAUUUGAUUUUCUAAUAAUUCUUAUGUAAGGAUUGUUAAAACAGUAUUGUAUUACUUAUUUGUUUCAAACUU